AUGAACAUUUGCGCCUAUGUCUUCAUUGGGAAUCUGUAUGCAGCAGGUCUCGCCACUGGCUUUGCUCCACUGGCUCAUGACCUCGGCGUUGAAUUCGACACGCUUACUGGCCUUGUCGCCUGGGCUGUAUCUGCACUCGGAAUCUCGAAUCUCUUUUGGAUGCCGACCGCAAUGUGCAUCGUCUUCCUGGCUGGAUGCACAUGGAGCAUCAAAGCAACUGGUUUCAGAGAUCUGCUAGCUUCCAGAAUCGUGGCUUCAUUUGGGGCUGGGUCUAUCGAGGCUCUUGGGCCAUCCGUUAUCGCCGAUCUCUUUUCGGAGCGGUACUUUGCAACCGCCAUGGCUCUCUUCGCCUUGUCGCUUUGUGCUGGAUCUCAAAUCGGUCCCAUGAUAGCCGGCUUUGUUAUCGGCAGCAAGGGCUGGAGAUGGUUUUUUAUUGUUUGCGCCAUCCUUGGUGCAGUCAACUUCUUGGCUUCGGUCCUUUUUUUGCCUGAAACAACCUUUCGACAUAGUUUGACCGAAGAUGGGAAUGUUCAUGCCGCUGAAUUCGAAAAGGAAGCGAAACAAAGGACUGAACACAGAGAAAAUGAAACCUCACCCAGAAGUUACUGGGAAGACCUGAUAUCAAUUAGAGAUCGCGGUCUCGAGCCUGAGGGACUCAAAUGCUGGCCUGGGCAAUUUUCCCUCCCAUUCCGGUUCAUUUGUGUCCCUAUUGUUUUGUUUGCGACAAUCGCCUAUGGCAUCUUUCUUUCUGGAAUCGUCCUCAUCUCCGCCAUCAGCCCCCAAUUCCUCUCAGCACCACCAUACCACCUAUCCUCAUCAGCAAUCGGUGUAUACACACUCUCCUCCUUCCUCGGUAUCGUGAUAGGAUAUCCCAUCGCCGGCCCCUUAACCGACCUCCUCUCCAGAUGGGCUGCCGCCAGAAGAUACACCACCAAUAACACCCAUCACCCAAAAGACCGCAUGCCCGCACUCAUCAUCCCCUUCCUAGUCGCACCACCAGGCUUAAUCCUCUUUGCGUAUGCAAUCGCAAGCAGUAAAUCCUUGUACGUCUCUGCCACCGGCUAUGCCAUGCAAGCGUCAGCCUUAGUCUUCGUUCCUUCAGUCACCAUGUCUUAUAUCAUGGAUGUGUAUCCGCAGUCAGGAAGCGAGGCAAUAGUACUUAUUAAUGCGGGUAAAAAUGUGGUUGCGUUCGGAGUGACGGUCUCUGGUGCUGAUUGGGUGGAUCGUGAUGGCAUCGUCCGGGUUUGUUGGGAGUUGGCUGCUGUGCAGUGGGUGGUUUUGGCGUUGGCUCUGCCGCUUUAUGUAGAUUCUGAAUGCAAGAGACGCAGCUCAGCUGCGGGGCCGAUUCAAGGAUCAGGAGGAUCUUCCUGUGGCUGCUGGGGAAGCUAUUUCUCCGAUGAACUGUUUGACUUGUGUUUUCGGAAACAUAAUCCUGGGACGAUUUCUGCCGUCACUAGGCAAAAAUACCACACGUGUUGGAUGUACAAUCCGCCGGUGAUAUCGGAGACUGUGGAUGAUCAUCGGGGAAUAACUCCGCGAAGCCGAAUGUAUGGUCUUUGCUCCGGGGUGUUUCUUAAAAUCCCAUUGUUGUUGAAGCCUAUGGCAAGCACACUCAGUAUGUCCCAAAGGAGAUCCCAUGACGUUCCUGAUAUUGAUGGCCGUGCUUGGUGGCUCUGUAACCCGAGUUUCCGAGACAUGGAGGACGAAGAGGAUCGGAAAUCUCGAUGA